GAAAAGUAAGCUUCACCACAUAUUCAGGUCAUUCCCGUACAAUAAUUAAUGGAAUAAGGCAAGCCCAAUCAGUGCCCUCAGAUAAAGACUUGUUCAAGGGAAGGAAAUGGAAGAGCCAUGGCUGGGUGGAAGAGAGGAAGAAAAAUGGAGGACAACAUGGAGUGCCUUUUGGGAGGAGCUAAAGAUGGUGAGCUAUAUUGCGGUGCCGAUGGUGGCGGUGAUGGUGUCGCAGUACCUUUCUCAGGUCAUUUCGUUGAUGAUGGUUGGACACCUUGGGGAGCUUGCUCUUUCCGGUAUUGCCAUAGCUUCCUCCGUCACUAAUGUCACUGGCUUCAGCUUUUUUUUUGGAAUGGCUGGUGCACUGGAAACUCUAUGUGGACAAGCUUAUGGAGCACAACAAUAUCAAAAGCUUGGAACUUACACUUACUGUUCAAUGGUUUCUAUCAUUCCUGUUUGUAUUCCAAUAUGUUUUCUCUGGAUAUUCAUGGACAAGCUGUUAGUAUUGUUGGGUCAGGACUCUGAAGUUGCAAUGGUAGCUGGCAGUUAUUCAAUCUGGCUUAUACCUGGAUUGUUUGCCUUUCCAUUUCUCCAGUCAUUAGUUCGCUAUUUCCAGUGUCAGGGCUUGAUCCUUCCCAUGUUCUUGAGCUCUUGUGCAGCUCUAUGUCUCCAUAUACCCGUCUGCUGGACUCUACUACACAAAACAAAUCUAGGAAUUAUUGGGGCGGCUUUAUCAACCGGAUUAUCUUACUGGUUUAAUGUAGUAUUGCUUGGGAUUUACAUGAGAUACUCUUCAUCAUGUGAGAAAUCCCGUGCUUUCAUCUUCAACGACAUUUUCUUAAGCAUCAAGGAGUUUUUUAGCUUUGCACUCCCUUCUGCAGUGAUGGUUUGUCUUGAGUGGUGGUCAUUUGAGGUACUUAUACUGCUAUCAGGACUUUUACCAGAUUCAGUGCUUGAGACAUCAGUUCUUUCCAUAUGCCUUACAACCACUUCAUUUCACUACCUCGUACCAUAUGGGAUUAGUGCUGCUGCAAGCACUCGGGUCUCAAACGAACUAGGAGCAGGAAAUCCACAAGCAGCUAGACUAUCUGUAAGUGUAGCAAUGGUACUUGCAGCGAUAGAGCCAAUCAUGGUGGCACUUACUCUCUUUUGUUGCCGCUACGUUUAUGGAUACUUAUUUAGCAACGAAAAGGAAGUUGUCAAUUACGUCAGAGAAAUGAUUCCGCUGCUUUGCAUAUCGGUUAUAAUGGACAGCUUACAAGCAGUACUUUCUGGUGUUGCCAGAGGAACUGGGUGGCAGCACAUUGGAGCCUAUGUGAAUCUUGGUGCAUAUUACCUUUUAGGAGUUCCAGUAGCUGUCGUGUUGUGUUUUGCACUAAAUUUGAGAGGGAAGGGGCUAUGGAUUGGAAUAUUGGCAGGGUCUACUGUUCAAGCAUCGCUCCUUGCUCUCGUUACUGGCUUAACAAAUUGGCAAAAACAGGUUUUCUGUUAUAAAAUGGUCGAUGUAAUAUAUGUAGAGUGUAGCUUAAUUCUGCAGACAAAGCAUAACUUUGUUGAAAACUGCAGGCAAGCAAUGCAAGGGAGAGAAUGUUGGAGGGGAGUUGCCCAGCCAACAAUGAAUCAGCUUGAACAAGCAGGAAACAGAGGAAAGAAAAGGCGAUGAUACGUAAAAAGAGAAAUAUGUCAGUCCUAAUUUUAGUUGCAACCCCAGUUUGUCUGUUGACUUUUGUCCUCAACAGAUUUCUAAUCUACCCUUUCAGCCAUGCAUGGAGUACUAAGCAAGUGAGCAAUCCCAAAAUCGUUUCAGGCCAGUUUGAGUUUCAUCAUAAGAAGAGAAAUCUAAUAGUAUAAAGUUUACUAUAUAUUAUUUCUUGAGGAUGAAGUCCUGUUUCAACGACGAGACGGAUACCUCAAAAUUCAUUCCAAGUUAGAAUAUUUUGAUUUGUCUUUUGGAUUUGAGGGGCUUCAUGGAUACGAAUAUUUUGAUUGAGAAAACACAUCACCUAUGCCACUACCUUAAUUGGAAGAACUUAUUGUAUUCCUCUAAAGUUGGAAAAA